AUGGUAUCUCCUAACCAAAAUGACUCCCCUCAGUCCAGGGGUGAAAUUUACUUACCUUUGCUACUGUUUGGUAGCACAGAGCGUCAAAAUGACAUCCAGGCGGAUGUCACCGAAUACCCAGUUUUCACAGUGUACGAUAUCUGCUUUUUCUCCACAGUGGAUAUUGAAGGACACAAUGAGGAAGACAAUGCUACUGAAAGUGAAGAAGAGGAACAGUCUGAACAAAAGAAAAAAGCAUCAAAAAGAAAGAAAAAUGAAACCGAGGAAGAGGAUGAGGAUGAAGAAGAGACAGCUGCAGAACGCAGGAGAAGAUACAGGAGACGACGGAGGAAAGAUGGGAAUGAAGGUAGUGAAUCCGAGGGGGAAGCCCACAAGACCAGGAAGAACAGAGAAAAUCAGAAGAUUAGGGAUGAGUCCAGGGAAGACGACGAUGAAGAGGAUGAGGACAAAAGAAGCAAGGACAAGAAGAAGGAGAAGAAGAAAAAGAAAAAUCAAGAUAAGAAGAGAAAAGGAUCAAGCUCAGAUUCUACUUCUGAAGAGGAAAUGACAGAGGAGGAACUGGCCAAGUUGAAAGAAGCUGUGGAAGAGAAGAAGAAGCUGAUUUCCACUUUGCGAAACAAGCCUUGGAAUAUGAAAAAGAAACUGAAAGUCUUGAAAGAUGCCCAGCGUUUUGUGGAAAAAUUUGAAGGGGCUCUCGGAAAAGGCAAAGGAAAAAAGUUUUAUGCAUAUAAAGUGAUGAUGAUGAAAAAAUGGAUGAAAUUUCAGCGUGAUUUUGAGAAUUUUAGAACAGCCUGUAUACCGUGGGAAAUGAAAAUAAAAGAAAUUGAAAGUCAUUUUGGCUCUUCGGUUGCAUCUUACUUCAUAUUUUUGCGAUGGAUGUAUGGAAUAAAUAUAGUACUAUUCGGGCUGACCUUUGGUCUUGUCAUGGUGCCUGAGGCAUUGAUGGGAAAGGCAUAUGGGUCUUUGCCUAGAAAAACUGUGCCAAGAGCAGAGGAAGCAAGUGCUAUGAACUUUGCCACUUUGUGGGAUUUCAGU